UUCUCCUCCUUUGAAAUUAACCUUCCUUAACCUUUGCUUAUUCUCUCUAUAAUGGCUUCAAUGUCAACUGAAGAAUCCCAAGAAUCACUCAAAUACCAGACAUGGGUGCUGAAAGUUUCCAUCCACUGCGAAGGUUGCAAGAGAAAAGUGAAGAAAGUUCUGCAGAAAAUAGAUGGUGUUUAUACCACAACUAUAGAUUCACAACAACAAAGAGUCACAGUCACUGCAAACGUGGACGUUCAGAUUCUCAUCAAGAAGCUGAUAAAGACUGGAAAACACGCAGAGAUUUGGCAAGAAAAUCUCCAAGGAAAAGAGAAAGCAAUGAUCAUGAACGGAAAAGCAAAGAACAAAGACAAAGACCCAGAAAGCAAUAUGGGAAAUAUUACUACUGCUGCUGCUACUAAUCCAAGUGCCAAAAAUAUGGAAGUUAAUGAGGUUAGUUCUACUACUUCUACUUCUGAUCGUCACAUAAACACCUCCACUGAAAAGUUUGACAAAAAAGAGGAAAGUCAACGGUCAACGGUCAAGGAAAAUUCGCCGGAGGAGUCACCCGCCGGCGAGGAUUCUGUAGAGAAGGAGACUGGUGGAGAGAUCAAAAGGGGUAGUGGUGGUGGAAGUAAAAAGAAGAAAAGAAAAGGGCAAAAAGGUAAUGAGAAAAGCAGUAAUGGUGGUUUGGGUACAGGGAAUACUGGUGCACCGGCAUGCAGAGGAUCGGAGACUAAUGAUCACGGUCAAAAUCAAGGUGGUGGUUCGGUUAAUCUCAGCCAUACAUUACGUUAUUCAUACCCUUAUCCACAUGAGUAUUACCCUCCUCUUGUGUACGCUUCAAGUUACAGCACAGCACAUCCUAGCAUAGCCCCGGGCCCGUUCCUCUACGUCCCAUCUCCACCGUACACGUGUGCGAAUGGCCACCACGAGAUUUAUGGUUUGCAAGCAAUGUCUUUGGGUUCUUUUGAGAUCUUCAGUGAUGAAAAUGCAAAUGGGUGUUUUAUCAUGUGAAUUGAGUACAAAAUGUUUGCUUGUAAUAGUGCAUGGAAAAUAGGGGAUCUUAUUUGCAAAAGUGACACAAGA